AUGCAUGUUUUAAUAGCGCUCAUAGGCCUGCUGGACCUUGGCUCAGCUAGUCCGACACCCAAACGCGACACUUCUGUGCCUCAAUAUGUCCUCGACUACGCGCCGCUUGUCAGGCUUGACACGACAGACAAAUUUCUUCCAACGGACAUCGCUUCAGUUCUGGCAAAUACUCACCCAACCGAUGGCAAAGGCGUGUCUUUGAAUGUAUCGGGACCACUCACCCUCGCCAACCUCGACCGACUGCAGGGCGAGGAUGUCUUCCUGACCUCGAACGAAGGCAUACAGACGAUCGACCAAGGCGGUGUGCCUUGGACUCUCGGAGUCCUUCCAGAUGCUAGUGGUAACACAACAGGCGCCACCGCCAGCGUGAUCAUAACAGCUGCCAAGGACGGCGACAUCUUGGAUGCGUUCUACUUCUACUUUUAUGGUUACAACAAAGGUCUGGCGCCGUUCGGCAUCACUGGCUUCGAAUUUGGAGAUCAUGUAGGUGACUGGGAACAUAAUAUAACGGGCGAGCCACAAGCAAUAUGGUUCUCCCAGCAUUCAUCCGGCCAAGCAUUUGAAUUCGAUGCUAUCACGAAGGACUCCUCCGGCAAUCGUCCGAUCGUGUAUUCUGCACGCGGUGACCACGCAAACUAUGCAACCGCAGGCACACAACCGACUAUCAUCCCUGAUCUGCCCUUUUCCGUCAUUCUUCCCGACAUCACCUCCGAUGGGCCACAAUGGGAUCCUCUCAAGUCUUCUUGGUUCUACUCCUUCGAUGUCGCCAGCAAGGCCUUCACGCCUAUUCCGGAUCCUGUCACAUCUGCUGCUCCUCCGCCUGUUAAUUGGCUCAGCUUUGUAGGACGCUGGGGCAAUCCUCAGCUUCCGGAGGAUGCUCCUGGACAGUUGGUCCUUCUGGGCCAGAGCAGAUUUGAUGCCGGUCCCACUGGGCCUAUAGACAAGAGGCUGGAUCGGGAGAGGGUUUGUAACGUGGAUGACGAUGAGCCUUGUGUGGUUUUGACGACGUUAACCCUGGGUACGGAAUUCGGGCCCGAGGCCUGA